GGGGGAGCGGCAGCUCAGGGCGGCCGCCGGGUUUUACACAGGGCAGGCGGCGCGCAGCCCCCUCCGCCGCGGCCCGGCGUCGCGCUCCGUGUCCCGGCGUCGCGCUCGGUUGCUGCUGGGGGGCCUCGAGCGCCGGUAACGCGCGGCCGGACCUCGCUCGCCGAGUCGCCUCAGAGGGGCGCGCCAGGCGAUUGGUGGCUGAGCCGCUCGCGUCGCACGGCGGCAGCCAAUCAGGGAGCGGCGGCGGGCCCGGAGCGGAGCGGCCUGUGGCGGCUGAGGGGCGGCGGCGGGCUCGGAGCGGAGCGGAGCGGGCUGAGGGGCGGCGGCGGGCCCGGAGCGGAGCGGGCUGAGGGGCGGCGGCGGGCCCGGAGCGGAACGGAGCGGGCUGAAGGGCGGCGGCGGGCCCGGAGCGGAGCGAGCUGAGGGGCGGCGGCGGGCCCGGAGCGGAGCGGGCUGAGGGGCGGCGGGCCCGGAGCGGAGCGGAGCGGAGAGGGCUGAAGGGCGGCGGCGGGCGCGGAGCGGGGCGGCCUGAGGAGCGGCAGCGGGCCCGGAGCGGAGCGGGCUGUGGCGCCUGAGGAGCGGCGGCGGGAUGAGGCUGAGCGGGCUGUGGGUGCUACUGUUCCUACUGGGGCUGGCCCAGGUCGCCGUCCUGGCGCGAGGCGCGGCGGCCGACGAGGACGACGACGGUGACGGUGACGGAGAAUCUGUUACAAAAGAAGUUGAUGAUGAUGGUGAUGGUGAUGGUGAUGAUGAUGAAGACGACGAUGAUGACGAUGAUGAUGAUUCAGAAGUUAAAGAAGAAAAUGGUGUGUUGGUCUUGAAUGAUGCAAACUUUGACACUUUCACUGCAGAUAAGGACACUGUGCUGCUGGAGUUCUAUGCACCGUGGUGUGGGCACUGCAAGCAGUUUGCUCCAGAGUAUGAAAAGAUAGCCAAAACUCUGAAGGAAAACGACCCUCCUAUUCCAGUUGCCAAAGUGGAUGCUACUGCAGCCACUUCCCUAGCGAGUCGUUUUGACGUCAGUGGCUACCCAACCAUCAAAAUCCUGAAGAAAGGGCAACCUGUGGACUACGAUGGUUCUCGCACAGAAGAUGCAAUUGUGGCCAAAGUCAAGGAGAUUUCUGACCCCAACUGGACCCCUCCACCAGAAGCUACACUGGUGUUGACCCAGGAUAAUUUUGAUGACGUUGUGAAUAAUGCUGACAUAAUCCUGGUGGAGUUCUAUGCUCCAUGGUGUGGACACUGCAAAAGGCUCGCUCCAGAGUACGAGAAGGCCGCCCAGGAGCUCAGCAAGCGCACACCUCCUAUUCCCCUGGCUAAAGUCGACGCCACUGCUGAAACUGAGCUCGCAAAGAAGUUUGAUGUUACAGGCUACCCAACUCUGAAGAUCUUCCGCAAAGGCAAACCCUACGAGUACAGCGGCCCGCGGGAAAAAUACGGUAUUGUUGACUACAUGAUUGAACAGUCUGGGCCUCCAUCGAAACAGAUCCAGGCCACCAAGCAGGUGCAGGAGUUUCUGCGGGAUGGGGAUGAUGUCAUAAUCAUCGGUGUCUUCAGUGGAGAGAAUGACAAAGCCUACCAGCUCUACCAGGAAGCAGCUAAUGGUUUAAGAGAAGAUUACAAGUUCCAUCACACCUUCAGCAAUGAGAUUGCAAAACUACUGAAGGUAUCUCCAGGAAAGCUGGUUGUCAUGCAGCCGGAAAAAUUUCAGUCCAAGCACGAGCCCAAGAUGCACGUUUUGGAUCUUAAAGACUCUACAGAUGGAUCAGAGAUUAAAGAGCACGUGCUGAAACAUGCUUUGCCACUGGUUGGUCACCGCAAGCCUUCCAACGAUGCCAAAAGAUACGCUAAACGUCCUCUGGUCCUCGUCUAUUACUCUGUAGACUUCAGCUUUGACUAUCGUGUUGCUACCCAAUACUGGAGAAGCAAAGUCCUGGAAGUGGCCAAGGACUUCCCUGAAUACGUGUUCGCUGUUUCUGAUGAGGAAGAUUAUUCUUCUGAAAUAAAAGAUCUGGGCUUGCUUGAGAGUGGAGAGGAUGUCAAUGUUGCCAUUCUGGAUGAAGGUGGCAAGAAAUAUGCCAUGGAGCCAGAGGAGUUUGACUCUGACGUGCUCCGUCAGUUUGUGCUGGCAUUCAAAAAAGGAAAACUGAAGCCUAUUGUGAAGUCUCAGCCAGUGCCAAAAAAUAACAAAGGGCCCGUGAAAGUGGUAGUGGGUAAAACUUUUGAGACCAUAGUCAUGGAUCCAAAGAAUGAUGUUCUCAUAGAGUUCUAUGCCCCAUGGUGUGGACACUGCAAGAAACUAGAACCGGUGUAUACGGAGCUAGGCAAAAAAUACAGGAAUGAGAAAAACCUGGUGAUAGCCAAGAUGGAUGCUACUGCCAACGACGUGACCAGUGACCACUACAAAGUGGAGGGCUUCCCCACCAUCUACUUUGCUCCAAGGGACAAGAAGAACAACCCUAUUAAAUUUGAAGGCGGGGACAGAGAUUUAGAGCAUCUGAGCAAAUUUAUAGAGGAGCACGCGACAAAACUCUCCAGAACAAAAGAAGAGCUUUAGAUAAGAUGAGGGUGGUGAAGAGAAAUUGUACGUUGUAGUUAAAAGCAAGUUACUGACAAAACUUGGUGAGAAGAGUUGAGCAGUUUGAGCAGUAAAGCAAUUGCAGUAUCUUUUUUUUAUAUGGCAGAAGAGUUUUUCUGGACACUGAACUCGAUCCGAAUGUCUCACGGUAGUUACGGUUUGCAUCUUUGGAGAAAAAAUACAUCCUUUAUUUUUUUUGUGACUA